CGAUUCCGCGUGUGGAAAGUCUGGAAGAUAAUCGAUUUGCGGUGCCUCUUGACCACCCACCCCUCACUAACAUACCCCAGCCCCCACCAACCCACUGGUUGCGUUUAUCAACCUGCUUCUUCGUCUCCGUGCUCAACCACAUCUCGGCUCCAAAUAAGCCGAUCUACACCUUUGCAUCUGGGAGCUAAACUACCCUCUGGAGCACGGAAACCACAGGGCUUCAGCUAAGCAGGAUUAAACCCCCAGCUCCGACAUUUCAAAGAUUUUUCUUCUUUCUUUGGAUUAUCGUGAAGCGCGGGGGGGGGGGGGGGGGGGGGGGGGGGCUGGAUUUUUAGACUUGGAAACAAAGUAGCUGCACAUAUAGAUGGAAACCCAGGGAGAUCUGCUGCUGAAAAUGUCUGGUUCAAUUGAUACAUGGGAGGAGAAGCUGCAGGAUCCAACUGCAACUCCAAUUUUUCUGCCAUUUGAAUUUUUGAAAGCCAUCACAUGUGAUUUUUCGGUUGAGCGGGAACUUGGCAGAGGUGGAUAUGGAGUGGUUUACAAGGGAGUUCUUCUGAGUGGGCAAAUUAUUGCUGUGAAGAAGCUUUUUGACUUACACAGGCUGGAAGAUGAGAUAUUCCAGAAGGAAGUCCGUUCUCUCAUGGGGAUCAAGCACAAAAAUGUGGUGCGGUUUGUUGGUUACUGUGCAAAAUCAAGUUGGGAAGCCAUAGACCUGCGAGGAAGUGGGAAUUAUAUUUUUGCUGAAACACGAGAAAGAUUACUCUGCUUUGAGCACAUAUGUAACAAAAGCCUUGACAAGUAUAUCUCCGAUGAAUCUUCGGGCCUCGAGUGGAACACGCGAUAUGAAAUAGUUAGGGGAAUUUGUGCUGGUUUGCAUUACCUUCACGAGAAAUGCCAUAUUGUUCAUCUGGAUCUGAAACCUGAAAAUAUAUUGAUGGAUGCUACUAUGGUACCAAAAAUUGCCGAUUUUGGUCUGUCAAGGAUCUUUGGUGACAAGCAAUCCCGAAUCAUCACUGUGAAUCGUCCAGGAACACAUGGAUAUAUGGCACCAGAAUACAUACUCCAAGGUGUAGUCUCCAUCAAGGCAGAUAUAUACAGUUUGGGUGUAAUAAUUAUCGAGAUGCUCACUGGUUCUAGAAACUAUCCCCUGAGUGCAUUUCCAGAUCUCCAACACUUCAGCAGGGACAAUAGUUCCCAAAGUACCAGCGCACCUUUCCAGUGCUUCAAAGAGAAAAUACUUGAAACUUGGAGGACAAGGCUGCCGAAAUCACGGGAAGACAGGAUGUUGGAACAAGUACGUGUAUGCAUCGAGUUAGGGAUACAAUGCGUUGAACCUAACCCAGGUAAUAGACCAGCUACGAAGUAUAUGAUCGAUAGGCUUGAUGAAGUGAGUAUUAUCGAUGUAUCCAUCAAAACUAGUGUGAGCAGGAUUUCAGCAGUAGUGCAGGCAGGUGAAGCUUCGGAUGCUCCACAGGAAGGAGAUAAGAGGUCCGAGAUGAGUCCCCGCCGAGAGGAGGCCUAUGAUGGACAUCAUGCAGAAUUGACAGAUACUUAUGAAAAUAUGGGACCAGAAAAGACCAAAUCUGAGAUCAAAGUAUUGUUUCAUAGUAUUCCAGAUGAAGCUAAUAAACAUAAUGUCCUGGAGAGCAUGCUGCAUAAUGGAAGUGUUGAGCCUACAUGUCUUGAGUUAUCACUCUUAGCAGAGAUCACCAAUAAAUUCUCUGAAGACCAUGAGAUUUCUAGAAGUCGGUUAGGAGUGGUUUACAAGGGAAAUCUUUCAAAUGGGGGUACUGUUGUUGUGAAGAGGCUCAGAAUUGCACCUGAAAUUGGUGACUUACUAUUUCUUGACGCAGCUAAUUCCCUGACUAGUGUUAAGCACAAGAACAUAGCACGGUUUCUAGGUUAUUGUGCUGACAUACAAUGGAAGGUGAUAAGGGAAGGCGACAAAAUCAUUGCUAUUAUGAAGCGAGAGAGAUUGCUCUGCUUCGAAUAUCUACGUAACGGAAAUCUUCAGAUGCAUCUUACUGAUGGAUCUGGUGGAUUUGACUGGCACACAUGCUAUCAAACAAUUAAAGGAAUUUGUCAAGGCUUGGAUUAUCUUCACAAAAAUUGUAUUUCUCAUAUGGAUCUCAAACCAGAAAAUGUACUGUUUGAUGAGAAAAUGGUGCCCAAAAUAUUGGAGUAUGGUUUUUCAAGAGUCUUUAGUGAAGAGAUAGGACGAACUAUCCUUAAAGACAUCGAUGGAGCGCUGGCAUACAUGACAACGCCGGAAUAUUUGGCUGGUGGAGAAAUCACACUUAAAUCUGACAUAUACUGUUUAGGAGUUAUAAUCAUGCAGAUAGUAACUGGACAAAACAAUGAGAACUACUCAAACAUAGCGAGUAUAGUUGAAAGUUGGAGGAGUAAGUUGGAACUGGACGCAACUAAGGGGUACACAUUCGAAGCAUCUUACCGGCAAAUAAAAGUAUGCAUUGAUAUAGGGGUAAGAUGCAUGGACCAUGACCCGAGGAACAGACCCAUUACACGUGAUAUCAUUGAUUGGCUUGAUAAAGAGGAAACAGAACUGCCAGUCAAAAGUGACGUAUGUGAUUCAUCCUCAGAGCAGAUGAUUUUUACUUCCAAAGCAACAUUGCAACCAUCAGGAGAGGAAUUACAAGCGUCACCAGUGCCAAAUGCACCAAUGGUGCUACAACCGACGGGCGUUAGGAUAGUGCUUAAGGUGCCGAUGAACUACAGUAACAGCAAAUCACUCAUCUUGCGAGCUAUGUCAAAGGUCAAAGGGAUCCAGUCAUUGACAUUCGACAGCAGCGAGAGCACGCUGACGGUGGUGGGAAACGUGGACGUGGUGGUGGUCGUGACGGCGCUGCGCAAGAUGAAGUACCUCGCGCAGAUAAUUAUGGUGGAUGCCACAGAGAAGGUGGACAUCCCCGUCCACGACCAAGAGCCUGACUCCCGCACUAGGAGUCUGUGGAACCUCAUCUCACGUGGAAAGCAGAAGUUCCUCCAGAAAUAGAAGUCUUUGCCUCAGCUAGCCACUGAUACUUGGGUGUUCAGUGUUAGAGUAAUCCAAACAUGUUAGAGUAGAGAUACGUGUUAGAGUAGAGAUAGGAAAUCAUAAUAUGAGUCGGUUUAAAGUUUUCUAGUAUCAGGUACUACUCAGUCAGCCUUCAUCAAAGCGAGACAUAUCUUGGAGGGUGUUCUUUGUUUGCACGAGAUUGUGCAUGACCUCAGCGUUGCUCUAGGGCUAUUAUUCUCAAACUAGAUUUUGAAAAGGCUUAUGAUUCGGUAAGCUGGGAUUUCUUGCAACAAGUGUUACAUGUCAAGGGGUUUGAAUC